UGCUUAACAUGCUAAAUAAUAUAAAUAAAUAAAAUAUAAAUAAAACACUCACUACAACCACAAUGAUAAAAAUAUUGAAGUAAAACACUCGGCAGCCUUAUUUGUUUAAAGGCAGCUCCUUUUAGGGAUUACAAUGGCUAACAAACUAAUGCUUCGGGUAAAUUUAGGCGGAGGAAACUUCCGGCUAAUUAUUUGUUUCCCAUCGGAUUGUUUUUGUAGAUGCACGCUACAGCAGAAUCUGAAAGCUACACGGGUGUUUGACUAUUUGGAUUCCGUUUUUAAAGUAAGGUGCCGAUAAAAAAAGAUACGAAAUGGCGGACUGGAGCCCCAUCGCCAAGGUGUACGAUCCGCUCAAAGCCGGGAGCAUCGACGGGACCGACGUGGAGCCUCACGACCGGGCCGUGUGGAGGGCGAUGUGCGCCCGCUACAAGCCUAACAAAGCCGUCGAGGGAGACCCGCUGCUCACCCUCUUCGUGGCCCGACUCAACCCGCUGACCACCGAGGAGAAGCUCCACCAGGUCUUCUCCAAAUUCGGCGACAUUAAGCUGCUCCGGCUGGUUCGCGACGUGGUCACGGGCUUUUCCAAGCGCUACGCCUUCAUCGAGUACAAGGAGGAGCGGGCCGUGGUGCGAGCCCGCCGGGACGCCAACAAGCUGGUGGUGGACCAGCAGGAGUUGUUCGUCGACUUCGAGCUAGAGCGAACCCUCAAAGGCUGGAUUCCCAGGCGGCUCGGCGGCGGGCUGGGAGGCAAGAAGGAGUCCGGGCAGCUGCGCUUCGGGGGCAGAGAUAGACCCUUCCGGAAGCCCAUCAACCUCGCGGCCGGGCCCUCGCAGCAGGAGUGGUCGGGUGUCGGUCGCAGAGAGUGGGAGAGGCCCGGAGGGAGAGACCGGGACAACCGGGUUAACCGGGACCGUGGCAGGGACGAGAGGGGGAGCAGGGGGAGGGAGGACACCCGCUACCAAGACAGGAGCAGACACCGAGACAGGAGAUGAAACAUUUAAA